GGGUCAUUCAAAUGUGCAGGUUGCAGACGGUAAUUCUCCAAUACAAUCGAAGAACUUGUUUGUUUUUCUCUCCCCCCUUAUUGAUGGUCUCCCUUUGGUCGUUCGCUCGCUGCACACACAAGCUUUUGUAGUAAGUGUUACAUAAGAAAUGUAACAUAAGAGAGGGGGUGAGAAACAUUGCCAGGAGGACAAGGGAGUUAAUGAGCGAGAGUUGAACUGUAGAAUCACGAGUUUAGUCCCUUUGUAGGUGUCGAGGGGAUUCUUUUUUUUUUAAUUUUAAAAUCUGUCGAUUUAAAUACUUAUGAAAUUGAUUACAUCCACAGUGGAUCAUCUUUGGUUUAAAUGUUUCGGAAGUAGAAAUAAAUCACUCGAACAGGUGAAAUUAGACAUGAUUGAUUGUGUCAACAAGAUGGGAAGACUUACAGUAACAGUCACGUCUCGGCGGCCUUCCAGUUCGGUGCAGACGAUAUAAAGGUCUACUUCCGGUCUAAUCAAGUGCACGGGUUCAAUAAAUUAAAGGAUUUCGCAAGUUAGGGACGUAACUAUGGAACAACUCUCAGUUGGCGUAGAUUGUCUUUUCCUGGGGAGACAAUUUCUAUCGUGGAUUCAGCUAAUUGCGGACCAGAUGGGAAUAAAACAAAUGUAAAAAAUCAUCCAUUUUUGAAUCGUGUGAACACUUCAGUCGUCAUGAUCUAAAAAUAGCCAACAGCGCAGAUCAAUAUCUAGCCGUCUGUCAUGAUCGUACCCUAAGGCAGGGGCUAAAUAUAGAUCACACAGCAGAACUUUCCUUCAUCAGGAACAACUUCACAAAAGGUCACAAAUUGUUAGACCGAAGCGCUGGACGCUUAAAAUGGCUAAGCUCUCUGAUGCUAUUGUACACCGAUGCUCCAAGCUCCAUCACGGGCCCGCCGCUGGAAUGUGCAUCGUAUUGUUUGUACUGCAGGCUGGGUUGAUGGACUAUUUUCUCGUGUUCUACCUGUCUCCCGACUACCUCUACUGGCUAGUGGCUGACUUCAUCGCGCUGGUCGUGCUGGUCAUCAGCAUGGUGUACUCCUACGUCAUGCUGGAGAAGCAGCGACACACGGACCACUCUCAGAAGAGGCACUCGGGCUUCAGCAUCUCUUGGCUCCCUUGGGCUCUCAUCAACAUCUGCGUGAUCAUCAAAAUCGUUCUGGUGGUUGAGAAGAACGCUCUGGAGAACGAAGAGAACAAGCCCUCCAUCUUCGGGGCCAACACGUUUAAGACCGCCGUGGCCAUAGGGAGCUGCAUUUUCAUCUUCUUGCUCACCACGCAGCACGACGCUCCUCUCGGAAGCAGACGACGCAGUUAUAUCUAUGACCUCACCGGUCACGUGGUAUUCGACAUUUUAGACACCGCCGACAUCUUGGAAGUGUGCUUUAACAAAGAAGACAGGGGGACUCUUUGGUCUGGGCUUGAGGAAAUUAUCCUCACGCUGGCGGCACUGAACCUUCUCCUGCCCACUGUUCCACUGAUCACGCUGAGCAGGACUCAGUUUGGCAGGGACAGCCUCAGCCGCCCGAUGAUCUACCUCCACCGUCUGCUGGUAGUCCUAGCUGUGAACGUGCCCAACCUGCUGACACGGCUAAUGCUUUGGCAGACGAACAGCGUCAGCAUCUCUCCCUUCACGCUCAAGAACAUCAUCCUGAUCGGCAUGACCCUCUACGAGUUUUAUGAGCAUAAGAAAGAGAAACUGGCGAUGCCCAGGUCUGAGUCUAUGGACUUGGAAGGCAGAAAUGGCGAUGCUGGCGUCAAAGAUUUACAGUUCUCUUCCAGUAAUGUAGAAAGCACUAUAGACCUUGUAGAACUGGAAGCCAAGGCGUCCGGAGAUUCUAGAGAAAACAGCUCAAUUAGCUACAAGCAUAUGGUGAGCUUGGACGAAUCUGACGUCACGGCACGCGAUGAUGCUGACGUCAUGGAAGAGUUGAAAGACACCUUUAUUGUAAAUGUUCCGAAUGAUGCUAUGAAUAUCACUGACAUCACCUCGCGGGAAAGUGAGGCCACGUCAUCCGUCUAAACAAUGUCAUGUUAUUAAAAACUUUGAUGUUGCUGCUUUUAACGAAACAAACUUUUCAAAAUAAACAUAGUAUUUCGGCAAAGGAUUUACCUGGAUUUAUAAACAUGUGUUUAUGCAUUUGAAAAAAUGGAUAUUAUUAUACCCCUGCUGCCUUAUAAGUCUGCUUAUUACACUGCCCUAAAGAUUAAACAAAUUCUCCAAUUACAUACUAUGACCGAUUGGACUGUGCUCAUUGUUCAAUAUCAUACUGCAUAUAAUAUAUAAAAUAAGAAGAUGAGUACAGUGUCUUGAUUUUAAAGGUCUUAUUGAUGGCUAUGAUAGUUGAAAGACCUUUCAAACCGCAUACAAUGGAUUUGUUGGACUGCUUUCAAAGACCUCAUAAAGACCUCAUAAAGACCUCAUAAAGACCUCAUAUACUAAAACAGUUUAGAGACCACUGCCUGUUAUCAAAAUUGAGCAUUUACUUUUUUUUUUUUAAAAAGAGUUGUUAAUUUUGAAUUUGUUAUAAAUCUGUUAUUCUGAAUUUGUUAUAUAUGUUUUUUUAAACAAAAUAUUCCAUAAUCCAUACACCAAAGCGAUGUCACAUUUAUCUGCGUUGUUAUUGCACCUCUCAAGAAUAGAAAUAUUGCAAAGAGUGUAAACACGGAGAGUUUAGUUUUGAGCCCGCCCCUGGAGCCGAGACUGACUCUAGAUCCCUAUUGUAGCAGGGCCUACUUUAAGCUACCGAGCCGGGUGGCCGGAAUUGAGUGUGCGUGCGUGAGGUGUGUUCAUUUGUGUAAUUAACAAUGCAUUAUUUAAUUACCAAAAAAAAAACGUAUCUUUCUACGGCUGAAAGAAACCUAAAUUGUAACAAGAAUUUACAUAUCAAUGAAAUGUUUUGCUCUAAUUUAUUGAUUUAAUAAUGUUUUGUUUUUGUAUUGACUUCAAUGUAAAAUAUGGACAUGAUUUCUAUUUUUUUAUGCGAUAAAAAAGACAAAACCAUACCCAUU